AUGCCGCCGCCUGCUAAUUCAAACUCCCCCGCUAACCGCGGGGGCAGCGCCAAAUCUUCGCCGAUGAAACCAAAACCCCUCGACAUCGGUGUACCUCUAGGCCUUUACGACACAAACUCCGUGCGAGCAAAAGUCCGUAAAUGGCAACACCAGGGUGGCGGAGUAGUUACCGCAGAUGAGGCUGUCUACUACGAUGAUGACGACGAGAAUAUAUCAACUACGACGGAAUCGAAGCCGAAAGCGGCAACAAUUACCGCGAGAAAACGAAGCAAAAGUACCCCGCGGAAACGGCUUGUUAGUGAUGAACACUGGAAGAAGAAUCGGGCGCCUACCCAGACCGCCAAAGGUUCCUCUGCGGCCAAAUUACCGUCACCACGAAAGAUUGCGGAGUAUACCACCAACGAGCCAGCGCGUACAGGUCGAUCAGAGACGCGUGAAGACAAGAGGGAUGCUAAAUUACCGCCUAUACUGUCGCCGCCGCCCCGGAGGCGACGUGACGAUGGCAAUAAACCCAGCUCGACCUCGUCAUUGCCGCUCAGGGAACGGCGAAAAUCGCAUGCUUCGCACGCGUCUGGUGACAUUGACUCAAUUAUAGAAAAAAUAGAGAAAGAGCAUGCAUCGUACGAUAAACCGUCAAAGCCCUCGUCACGUCCUUCGACAGCAGACAAGAACCGACACAGCACAAUGUCAGAGCCGGCAGAAAGCCCCAAGAAGAAGGAUAUAUCCUUAGAUUAUGACUCGGAAUGGGCCGCCAGUGAGGCCGACUUUUCUGAGUUAUCGAGACGACGUGCUCGCGGAGCACCCCAUGCUUCGAGAAACCGCACUCCAGCGAAGCCUCCUAAAGGUGGCAUACUUGGACAGAUCGUCGACGAGUCGAGAAAGAUGUUCAGUAAACCAGAGCAGAAACCGGAGCCACCAAAACAGCAUCCAGUUCCCAAUAAAGGAUCAAAAAUCGAAGCAUGGCUGUCCAAUACGCCUGACCCGUUCCUAGAUGAUAAGGGAUCGGACGUCGACGUCCCUGCCCCGCUUAAAACUAGAAGGAACAGGAAAAAGCAUAUAGAAAUCGUGGACGAGCCAGGCGAAGAAAAACCCAGCCGAAUAUCCAGUCCUGAACCUUCUGUCAUCAGCGAUAUCUCUCAAAAGACGCCUAAACGACGAUCUAAGAGCGGAGAGACCGCAUCUAGUGGCGACCGACCAAAAUCACGAGAUGACAGACCCAAGACGAGGGAGUCGCAGAGAGAUAUUUCGCCAUCUCCCCAAAGGAGGAAAUCUAGCGAGAAAAAACAUGGCCGGAAAUCCUCUGGUACUAGCGGGGAAGGUAGCCGCAAGCUCGACGAGAAAGAAGCUGCGUCUGAAACUGGUACUUACCCAUUAUCUGGGGAAUCUGAAGUCUCUGGCAACAACGCUCCAGUGCCACUGGGCCGGAACCGGCCUUUCCCCAGCACCGGCAACCACCGGCUGUCAACAAUUGCAUCGGUUGAGUCGAUGAGCGUACGCGACAAGGCACGAUCAGAAAUAACAGGAUCUGAAGUGACAGAGAAGAAAAGGACUCCUUCUCAAACUACUUACGCGAGUGAGGAAAGAGACAAGGUGGACCCUAACUCACUCUCCAUGGUUGCUUCCCAAAUGAAGAAGCUCACUACGCAUGAUGACCUGAUCUCUGUUCUUUCAACGUCAACCACGAGAAGCAGGAGCCUCCGGUCUGCCAGGAGCCUAAGGGGUAACAAGAAUCGGAACCCCACAGUCGCCGAUAUCCUCAGGGAGCUCUCGCUGGAUGAAGCCAAGUAUAUGCGUGAGCUCAGAACACUUGUCGGCGGUGUGAUCCCAGUGCUUCUCACUUGCGUUCUUUCUCGCUCGGACUCAGCUAUCGCUGCUGGCCUUUUCCGGCCCUCAGCGGACCCCAAAGAUGAGCUUACCUUCACCAAACCAAUUGUGAAUAUGGGGGUUGCCAUUGAGCGACUGAAGUUGCUGCACAAGCGCAUUCCGCUUGAAGCUGCAGAUGGUCUACUUCAGUGGGCAAAUGGAGCUCAAAAGGUAUACCGCGAAUAUUUGAAAGCUUGGAGAUUAGGCUUCAAGGAUGUGGUUGUUAAUCUGGCACCGCUGGAAGAGGGUGAGGAGGCGAAGGACGCGGACACAAAGAGCCUCGACGAUGGGAUGUCCAGAGACGAAAAUGGCGACGUGGUGGACGGAGAUGGGCAGAAGGUUGACGUUGCCUAUCUGCUGAAGCGCCCUUUGGUACGCCUGAAAUACCUCGCAAAGACCUUCAAAGGGAUCAACAUGCUCGACCCGUCCCCCAAGGCCGAAGAGGUCGCCAUGAAUUAUCAGAACCUUGUGGUGGAGGCUCGUCGUCGUGCACGAGAGGAAAGGGCGAGGCUAGAGGACGAGUCUGCUUCUGCUAUUGAUUCAAGUCGUGCCCGUGACCCUGAAACAUUGGGGGCCCUGACGGGUGUGACCGUCGACAGAACUCGCAGAGUCCGUGCCCGUGAUUUCUUCAACUUAUCCCUAUAUCAUUCGAGUGGGCAGGUCAUCGACUGUCGUGCAGAGAUUCUAUUCCGAGAUAACGCCGCAGAGCAUGGACCUGGAGGAGAUUUACUUAUUUGUGAGAUCGACCAUGCGGACCGUUGGUUGCUCUUCCCACCCAUUGAUAUUGGAUGCGUUUCUGCCCGCAGUGGAGAUAAGAAGGGGGAGCUGGUGGUCAUGAUCCGCAGCCCGCCAGCCCGUGAAAGGCGAUUCCAAGAGCUCCUCUCACUCCAGAUUGAUGAAUUUGAGGUGGGAAUGGAAUGGAUUCAAAUGCUGGGGAGAACACCAGUACCACCUGCCAUCUCUCGAUCCCAGAGCUUCAUCGAUCGUGCAAGGCAACGGCAACGCGCACAAACAGUCUCUUCUCCAAAUGACGUUUCGCUCGCCCAACGAACCCCUCCUAGCCCAAGUGAUGUCGCCAUUCCUAUCGGAGAGAAGCCAACGUCAUCGCGUGCAUCGCGACGCUCCUGGACUGCCAAGGAAUCCUGGUCAGACCCCAGCGCCCUUGAUUCAUUGGCAGCCACCGAAUCGCAGAUUUCAUCGCAGACUGACAUUACUCGCGAAUCUGAUUACGAUGCUACGGAGACAGAACUAUCCAAGGAUUCGUCCCAGGCCCAAUCCAUCCUUCAUUCCAGAGACCCACACAAGCUCGUUAUUGGCGAGGACAAGUCACCGCAGGGUCUCAAGCGUUCAGGCGCAAAGAGAAUAUCCAAAUACGGGGAGCUUGCGCCCCAAAGCCCUCAUUCACCUACUGGUCCUGCUGAUGCAACUCCUUCAACUCCUUCCCGGGAUCGUGAUGAUAUCCAACACUCUAAGCAAACCGCGCCUUCCUACAAUGCAACCAAGGCUACACCGAAGACCCCCACUCAGGAUGAGCCCGAAGAAAGCCCGCGGGUGUCGUCCGUGCCUUCGGCAGAUCUACCUUGCAUCCCGAAACUCCGUCAGGGCAGUAGUACAUCUUAUACACCAGACCCUGAGCCCGAGGAAGAAUAUGAGCUCGACUACGACGCUCUCCCGGAAACCCCAACAAAGAGAAAGACACACUCUCGCUCCGGAUCCGAGUCUGACGCGUCAAACGGAGACGAGCCUCCACCGCCUCCUCCCCAUUCGCGCUCGCCCAGUUCCACCAGCUCCAGUACUCCGAUUCUCAGCCCAACUGCUGGACGAGUUAGACGGCGGGGUUCGUCCCCCUUGAAACACGAAUAUGAGCCUUCCACUGCAUCAGACUCCGAGUCUGAUUAUUCCGAGACCUCUACUGUCCGCCGUUAUGACAUGUAUUCCGACUCAGACACCGUCACGGACAGUUCGGAUGAGGACUCAGAGGAUGAAAUCCCUUCGAGGGUGCGAUCAAAAGCAGUUCGCGGAAUCCCUAAGCUUGAGGAGCAAGAGCCAGACCUCUCGCCUGUUUCGAGUACCUUGUCAUUGUCGAACUCGACACACCAAGCCGGUUAUCGGUCCGUUCCCUCUCAACCAAGCAAGUCGUCUUUUGCAAUCGCCACUCUUUUCGCUUGGUCUGAUAAGGGUUCCUGGGAAAGUAUCCUACCAGAUGAAUGCAAGAUUAUCAUUAGUCCCGGGCUUGUUGAAGCCUAUGAAAUGAAAGAUGACCCGCUCGCAAACGGCGACGACGCGCCUUCCAAGAAUAUCCGCCCAAUCAUUGCCCUCGAAUUAACACCACUCGUCCCUAUACGUCGCGGAACGGCCAUUGAUAUCAGCAUGCGCUCUCCUCCCACGCCACGAUCCAAGGUUACUUGGAGCAACAACAUCAUGUUCCGCUCCCGGAACGCAGACGAAUGCGAAGCCCUAUACGGCCUGAUCAACCAAGCCCGCACCAACAACCCAACAUACAUCGCACUACAAAAUGCGCGGGGACCCUUGGACGAUAUCCACGGUCUCCCUGCUCCACUUGAGCGCGCAACCAAGAGCUCUAGCUUCUUUGGAUGGCCCCGCCGCAGAAAGAGCUACCGCGCCUCUAGCUCCCCGCGCUCACUAGCAGACAACUCAGAAAGUAGUGUUGGCACAAUGAGCAGCGCCUUCUCGGCUCUCAAACGCUUUGGCGCAGGAAGUAAAAUGUUCAGCAUCUCCCGGUCUUCCGUCACAUCGCGUAACCGCCAAAAGGACGGAGAAGGAGGAAGCCUAUUCUCAAGCUCUGCCGCCUCCGGUGCUGGAUCCAACGGCGGCGGGAUCGGCAGAAUUGCAGCUGCAAUCAAGGGCGUCGACGGAAUUGGCCUUUCAAACGCGAAGAUUCGCCUCUACGCCCGCGAAACCCAAUCCAAGUGGCGCGAUAUGGGCGCUGCCCGGCUAACAAUCAUGCCCGCACCCUCACCAGCUCCUGAACCUCGCCGUCCAGACACAGCAAUGACGGGGGGGCCUGACGGAAGCCCCGAAGACACAAGCCCGCCCUCUUCCGGUGCGGCAUCGCCACAACGAGUUAUGGAAAGGCGCAACGAGAAACGCAUCGUCAUCCGCGGCAAGACACGCGGUGAGGUCCUACUUGACGUCUGCCUCGACGAGAGCUGCUUCGAACGUGUCGCGAGAACUGGAAUUGCCGUUUCCGUGCGUGAGGAGAACGAAGAUGGACCCACUGUUGCUCAUAAGGGUGGUGUCACGAGUGGAAGCUCCCGUGUUUACAUGGUCCAGAUGAAGGGUGAGGCAGAGGCUGCUUAUACAUUUGGACUUGUUGGGAAGUUGAAGUACUGA